AUGUCAGUUUUUCGCUAUAUUCUUCCGACCCUGGCGUUGGCGCUGGGUGCCGUCGCCGAGUCUCGCAGUUUCGAGUUGAACCUCACAUGGGAGACGGCCUCUCCCGAUGGAUUUGCAAGGAAGAUGAUUCUGGUGAACGGCCAGUUCACUGCGCCGAGGAUGGAGCUCAACGAGGGCGACGACGUUACCGUCAAGGUCAAUAACAACCUGCCCUACCCUACUACGGUACACUACCACGGUAUCGAGAUGUUGGGCACCCCCUGGUCUGAUGGUGUCCCCGGCCUCAGCCAACGUGCUAUCCAACCCGGAAAGAGCUUCGAAUACCAAUGGAAGGCAACGCAGUAUGGUGCCUACUGGUACCACGCACAUUGGGAGGGUCUCAUUGAGGACGGUCUCUACGGCGCUAUCACCAUUCACCCUUCCGCCUCUCACCAAAAGCCCUUCAGCCAGAUCUCUAGCGACGGUGCCGCCAUCCACGCCAUGGAGCAGGCCGAGAAGAAGGUCGUUCCUCUUCUCCUCUCCGACCACCGCCACAUGAUCUCGGAGGAGGUUCAUGAUCUGUCCGCUGCCGCCAACAUCCAAUUCUCUUGCUACGACUCCUUCCUCUUCAACGGUAAGGGCAGUGUCACCUGCCGUAGUGCCGAGGAGAUUGACGCUCUUCUGACCCCGGAGCGUCGCGAUGUUCUGGCCAACGUUGCCGGUGCCCGUAUGACGGACAAGGCCUGCAUUCCUGCUGCUGUCAUCGCUCGUGGCCAGGGUGACCUGAGCAAGAUCCCUCCUGGUGUCUUUGACGGCUGCGAGCCCAGUGAUGGUGGCGUCGAAACCUUCAAGAUCGAGAAGAGCAACUGCGAUACUGAGAAGUGGGUGGCCUUCGAUCUCGUCGGAGCCUACCACCUCCACACUGGUCUGUUCUCCAUCGACAACCACACCAUGUGGGUGUACGCCAUGGACGGCGCCUACGUUACUCCCCAGGAAGUUGAGGCUAUCCCCGUCACCAACGGCGACCGCUACUCUGUCCUUGUUAAGUACAAGCAGCAGGGCGACUUCACCAUCCGCUCUGCCAGUGUCAUCGCCACCCAGAUGCUCAGCGGUGUCGCUAAGCUCCAGUGGCGUGAGAAGGGCCAGCCCGAGCCUGAGAUCGUUCCCUCCACUCCCUGGGUCCGCGACAACGGCAAGCCCGUCUCCUCGUCCGUUCGCGUCUUCCGCCAGGCCCUUGCCAAGCCCUACCCGCCCAUCACCAUCCCCCGCGAGGCUCAGGCCAUGCACAAGUUCGAGAUGCGCACUGAGGGCGGUUCUUACUACUGGGCCCUGAACAACACCCUCCUCCUUCCGGCCGACUACGAGUCUGACGAGCCUGUCCUCUUCAACCUGCAGGCCAACGACGUCGACCCCACCCUCGUUUCCACCCUCAACAACACCUGGGUCGACUUUGUCUUCCAAGCCGGCAGCCCGCCGCAGCCUCCUCACCCUAUCCACAAGCACGGCAACAAGAUGUUCCUUCUCGCCUCUGGCAGCGGCAACUUCACCUGGAACACCAUCGAGGAGGCUGCUGCCGCCCAGCCCUCAGCGUGGAACUUCGUCGACCCUCCCCGCAGGGACGGCUUCGCCACUCCUAACGCAGUUAACACAUCAACAUGGAUGGCUGUCCGUUACCAGGUAGACAACCCGGGCGCCUGGCUUCUCCACUGCCACAUUCAGAACCACAUCUCUGGUGGCAUGAGCGCCAUCAUCCAGGAUGGUGUCGACGCCUGGCCCGUCACUCCUCAGGAGUACGUCAACUACUCUUAA